UGUUAUGACUGUGAUAUAGCAAAUGGUAAAUGUACAAAUGGAUGUUAUCCAGGGUGGAAAGGGGAAUACUGUCAUGAAGUUUGUGAAAAUGGAACAUUUGGAAAAAAUUGUCUAAAAACUUGUAACAGUACGUGUUAUGGCUGUAACAGAACAAAUGGUAAAUGUGAAACUGGGUGUCAUCCAGGGUGGAGGGGAAAGUAUUGUCAUAAAGAAUGUGACGGAGGACAAUAUGGAAUUAAUUGUAAAAUGCAGUGCGGAAACUGUUUGGAUUCGGCGCAAUGCAACCCGAUUAAUGGAACAUGCAAAAAUGGUUGUGAUGAGGGUUUUGAAGGGUUUCUAUGCAACGAAGCAUGCACAUACGGAACAUUCGGACGCAACUGUCUGGAAACGUGUAACAGAACGUGUUUUGGAUGUAAUGGAACAAAUGGAAAAUGUGAAACCGGAUGUUAUCCGGGGUGGAAGGGGGAUUACUGUCAUGGAAAAUGCGAUGGUGGAUUUUAUGGAAUGAACUGCAAUUUGUUCUGUGGAAACUGUUUUAAUUCGAAACAAUGUAACCCGAUCAAUGGCACUUGCAUGCAUGGUUGUGACGCAGGUUAUGACGGAAUUUUAUGUAAUGAAUCUUGUGAAAAUGGGACGUUUGGACGCAACUGUCUUGAGACAUGUAACAGUACUUGUUACGGGUGUAAUGCAACAAAUGGAAUAUGUGACACAGGAUGCUUUCCAGGUUGGGAAGGCGAAUAUUGUCAUCAAGCAUGUAAGGAUGGAUUCUUUGGAGAAAAUUGUGUCAACAAGUGUAAUGAAACAUGUAAAGGAUGUAAUAGGACAACCGGUAUUUGUGAAAAUGGAUGCUAUCCUGGCUGGCAAGGAGAAUUUUGUGACGAAGAAUGCAACAAAGGAUUCUACGGAAAUGAUUGCAGCAUGGUUUGUGGAAACUGUUUAAACUCGGAACAAUGUCAACCAAAGAAUGGAGCAUGUAUAAAUGGCUGUGAUUCAGGCUAUGAAGGAGCAUUUUGUAAUAAAUCAUGCACAUUUGGAACUUUUGGACAUAACUGCCAUGUUAAAUGCAACGAGACUUGCUAUGGAUGUAACACAACUAAUGGUAAAUGUGAAUCUGGUUGUCAUCCAGGAUGGAAAGGAGACUACUGCCAUGAAGAGUGCAUUGAUGGAUUCUUUGGCAAGAAUUGUAGCUUGACAUGUGGGCAUUGUAAAGGAAUGGAGGAUUGUCACCCGAUAAAUGGAAAAUGCCUGAAUGGAUGCAUUGCAGGAUAUAAAGGAGAUACCUGCAAUAAUACAUGCAGUGAUGGAUACUUUGGAGAAGACUGUGUCCAAAAGUGCAGCAAUGCUUGUAAAGGAUGUAACAGACUAAAUGGGAAUUGUGAAAAUGGUUGUCAUCCAGGUUGGCAAGGACAACUCUGUUUAGAAGAGUGUUUGAAUAACUUUUACGGAGAAGGAUGUAAUGUGAGUUGUGGUCACUGCUUGAACGGGAAACAAUGUCACCAUAUCAACGGUUCGUGUCAGAGUAAAUGUGAACCUGGAUACAGUGGGGAUAAAUGUGAUGAAGUCUGCAUGCUUGGAUAUUUUGGUACAAACUGUGAACAAGAGUGUAGUCUCUAUUGCAAAAAAUCACGUGAUUGCCAUCAUGCUUCGGGAAUUUGUCGAGGCGGCUGUAAAAAGGGGUGGCACGGAAAGGAUUGUAUGCAAGGUUUAAAGGAAUCAUUUGCAGAAAGAGUAAUUUCUCAAGUACUUCCUCUUUUCGUGAAAAGGGUGCUAAAACCACUUCAAUAUCUAUGGUUGAAUAUGAAAAUAAUUUUAAGGACGAAUAUCAAGAACUUGGAGAUUUCUGUUCGCCUUCUAACUACGACAUGCUUAAAUAAUAUUCUCAAACAUUUUGCAACAUGUAUACUAUGGAUUUUUUUAUCCUUAUGUAUCCGUAUGUUUUAUUACACAGUCUUUAUAUAUGGGUGUACUGUAACGUUAAUGUUCUGUAAAGAUAUAUUUUGUUUAUUGUAAUUAAGGAAAUAUUAAUAUUAUAAGUAUGAUUGAUUGUUUGUUUGUUGAUGUACGUCCCUCUCAGAAUGUUCACUUGUACUAUUGUGGUACGUAAAGAACUUCGACGUUUUGAAUACAAGUUUCGUCAAAGAUAUCAAUUAUUUACAUAUUCAUAAUUCUUUAGUACGUAUAUGUGAAAAACAAAAUGUAGAAAAAGGAUUCAAUGUCAAAUGUAUGAUUACAUUAUUGACUUUAUCAUAAGAAUUCAGGAAAGUUUCAUAACGACGUCAUUUAUCACUUGGUUCAUUUAUUUUGUACUUUGUUAAAUUAAGUGAAAAAUGUGGAAAAAAGGAAAAGAAGUCUUAGU